GAGUCUCCGUCCUCAUGUUCCUCUCUAUCUGCGUUAAGCAAUGUGUGAUUGUGCGAGACAGAGAUAGAUGAUGAUGCAUUCACGGAUUAGAAGCGUUGGCGCAAACGUCAAAUGCGCCGUGAGAUUCUUCUGUUCAUCAUCGGCAACCUCCCCGGUGGCGCCGUCGCAAUUCCCGCAGACUCUGGCGGGGCUCCGGGCGCGGCUGGAGGAGGAAUCACCGUCGCUGUCGGACUUCAUCGCUCUGAGAUCGGAGAACGCGUACUCGGUGGAGGUCGGGACGAAGAAGAAGCCGCUUCCGAAACCGAAGUGGAUGAAGGAGGCCGUUCCGGGCGGCGAGAAGUACGUGCAGAUCAAGAAGAAGCUCCGAGAAUUGAAGCUUCACACUGUUUGCGAGGAGGCUCGGUGCCCUAAUUUGGGCGAGUGCUGGUCCGGCGGCGAGACCGGCACUGCUACAGCAACUAUCAUGAUUCUCGGUGACACUUGUACUCGAGGUUGCAGAUUUUGUAAUGUUAAGACAUCGAGGACUCCUCCACCCCCUGACCCUGAUGAGCCCACCAAUGUGGCUGAAGCAAUUGCAUCAUGGGGUCUAGAUUAUGUGGUUAUAACAAGUGUUGACCGUGAUGAUUUACCUGAUCAAGGGAGUGGUCAUUUUACUGAGACGGUGCAGAAGCUGAAGGCGCUGAAGCCUAAUAUGCUGAUAGAAGCCCUAGUUCCAGAUUUUCGAGGAGAUGCAGACUGUGUAGAGAAAGUUGCUAAAUCAGGAUUAGAUGUCUUUGCACAUAACAUUGAGACAGUUGAAGAGCUACAGAAUGUUGUUCGGGAUCAUCGUGCUAAUUUUAGGCAGUCCUUAGAUGUUCUAAUGAUGGCCAAGGAAUAUGCUCCUGUUGGAACACUCACUAAGACUUCAAUAAUGUUAGGUUGUGGGGAAACACCUGACCAGGUUGUGAAGACAAUGGAGAAGGUGAGAGCGGCUGGAGUUGACGUGAUGACAUUUGGGCAGUACAUGAGACCUUCAAAGCGCCAUAUGCCAGUAUCUGAAUAUGUUACGCCAGAGGCCUUUAAUAAGUAUCAGACUCUUGGCAUGGAAAUGGGCUUUCGAUAUGUGGCAUCUGGGCCCAUGGUGAGGUCUUCAUACAAGGCUGGUGAAUUCUAUAUUAAAUCCAUGAUUGAAUCAGAUCGAGCUGCAUCUCCCUCAAAGAUGACAUCCUCUUGACGCAUUAUCCUUUUCGUUAUUUACACACUUCAAUGUGCAUUAUAUGUAAGUACCGCAGGCUUACUACAUGCUGUUGAUGCUGAUGCCACCGAGUAAGGAGUAAAAGCUUAUAAAUGGACAUGUGCUGUCUGCCAUAUUUUUCUCAUCCUCCUUCCUAACACCAACACCAAUUAGUGGAUUGGCUGAUUUUAUUUAGAAAAUGCAAAUUUCAAGGUUGUAUAUGUUAUCAUUUACGUGUAUUCAUUUUUUUGCUCUAUUCAACUGGUGCUAACUAAUACCAGUUACUGUAGUUAUUAAAAGUAAUGACUGUUUAUCUCUUAUUUGAGAAACCUUUUAAAUCUCUUAUUUUUAAUUCAAUUUGGGUUUAUUUGGUAGUUGACGUUCAAACUUAUCUCACUGGACUUCAGUUUUGAAUUAGAGUUCGGUACUACCAAAGAGCCCAUAUACUUGUUCUGGCAAAUUGUCCUGAAGUUAUGUUUAGUGACACGGUUACAUUUGAAAGGCA